AUGCCUAACACAACCACAACAUCAACUGCAAUACAUCUUACCACUAUUCUACUUAAUCCAAUUAAAAAUGAAUCAGUAAUAUCAAAACAAGAUAUUCAUAACUCUGUAUUAGUUGAUGCUUCUGCAGUACUUUCUAUUCGCCUUCCGACUCAUGGGAGUGCAGUACUUUCUAUUCGCCUUCCGAUUCAUGGGAGUGCAGUACUUUCUAUUCGCCUUCUGAUUCAUGGGAGUGCAGUAUUUUCUAUUCGCCUUCUGAUUCAUGGGAAUUCCAAGUUACCAGCCUACACAAAACGACUUUGUUGCACCAAGCCAGAACUUACCGUAUAUAUGUCAGGAACUAUAAAAGGCGUUAGCCACGAAGAUUUCGAAGAUUAG